CCGCGGCUGUUUCGGCCCGGGGCGGGACGGGAGGAGCCAUGGAGGACGCUGAUUACUUCGAAGGCAGUGCGGCGGAGUGGGGGAACGAGGCGGACGGGGGGACGCAAGAUGAUGAGGAUGGGGAGGGAGAAGACGAUGCAGAAGUCCAGCAAGAAUGCCUGAAGAAAUUUUCAACCCCAGACUAUAUAAUGGAGCCGUCUAUAUUUAACACCUUAAAGAGAUAUUUCCAAGCAGGAGGUUCUCCAGAGAAUGUUAUCCAGCUCCUCUCUGAAAACUACACCGCAGUGGCACAAACUGUUAAUUUGCUGGCAGAGUGGCUCAUUCAAACAGGUGUUGAGCCAUUGCAAGUUCAGGAGACUGUAGAAAACCAUUUAAAGAGCUUACUUAUCAAGCAUUUUGACCCUCGGAAAGCAGAUUCCAUCUUUACAGAGGAAGGAGAGACUCCAGCCUGGCUUGAGCAAAUGAUAGCCCAUACUACAUGGAGAGAUCUCUUUUACAAGUUGGCAGAAGCCCAUCCUGACUGUUUAAUGCUUAAUUUUACUGUGAAGCUUAUAUCUGAUGCUGGAUAUCAAGGGGAAAUAACUAGUGUUUCAACAGCAUGUCAGCAACUAGAAGUGUUUUCCAGGGUCCUGCGUACAUCUCUGGCAACGAUUUUAGAUGGAGGAGAAGAAAACCUUGAAAAAAACCUCCCUGAGUUUGCUAAGAUGGUGUGCCAUGGAGAACACACUUACCUGUUUGCUCAAUCUAUGAUGUCCAUACUGGCUCAAGAAGAGCAAGGAGGGUCAGCUGUCAGACGGAUUGCUCAGGAGGUUCAGCGAUACGCUCAUGAGAAAGGCCAUGAUGCCAGCCAGAUCACUUUAGCAUUGGGUACUGCAGCCUCCUACCCUCGAGCGUGUCAGGCUCUUGGUGCGAUGUUGUCCAAAGGUGCUCUCAAUCCAGCAGAUAUCACUGUCCUGUUCAAAAUGUUUACAAGCAUGGACCCACCUCCAGUAGAACUGAUUCGAGUCCCUGCCUUUCUGGACCUCUUCAUGCAGUCAUUGUUUAAGCCAGGUGCUAAGAUCAACCAGGACCACAAACAUAAAUUUAUUCACAUACUGGCAUAUGCAGCCAGUGUAGUGGAGAUGUGGAAAAAGAACAAGAGAGUGAGCAUAAACAAGGAUGAACUCAAGUCAACUUCAAAAGCCAUUGAAACCGUUCAUAAUUUGUGUUGCAAUGAGAACAAAGGAGCAUCAGAGUUGGUUGCAGAACUGAGCACUCUCUAUCAGUGCAUCAGGUUCCCAGUGGUGGCAAUGGGUGUAUUAAAGUGGGUGGAUUGGACAGUGUCAGAACCACGAUACUUCCAGCUGCAGACUGAUCACACUCCAGUUCAUCUGGCAUUAUUGGAUGAGAUCAGUACAUGCCAUCAGCUGCUUCAUCCCCAGGUUCUACAACUUCUUGUCAAGCUCUUUGAAACAGAACAUUCACAGCUUGAUGUAAUGGAGCAGCUGGAAUUGAAGAAGACACUCUUGGACAGGAUGGUACACUUACUCAGUCGAGGAUAUGUCCUACCUGUUGUCAGCUAUAUCCGCAAAUGCCUGGAGAAGCUAGAUACAGACAUCUCUCUCAUCAGAUACUUUGUUACGGAGGUGCUUGAUGUGAUUGCUCCUCCAUAUACCUCAGACUUUGUGCAGCUUUUUCUUCCAAUCUUGGAGAAUGAAAGUAUUGCAGGUACUAUUAAAACAGAAGGUGAACAUGAUCCUGUCACUGAGUUUAUAGCUCAUUGCAAAUCUAACUUUAUUAUGAUGAACUAAGCAGUGGAAAAUAUCAAGAAUGAGGAACACACAGUCACAGCUUUGCCAUAUUCUCCACCAGUAAGGUUCUAUAACUGGGCAACACAGCAGCCAAAAAUCCAACAAACAAAACCCCCCAAAAAAUAUGGAAGAAAGGGCUGAAGGGUAUUUGCUUGACUUGCAUGGUGACCUUAAGUUUCAUGAGAGGACUGUUAACAUACUUUGAAAAUUUGAAUAAUACUGAAGGAUUUUCUGUGACACAAAAUAGUAUAAAUCUAAAUAUUCUUAGGGAGUUAGCAGGAGAGAAACAGAUGUAUUUUGAAGAAUGUUAUUUUUACUCACAGAAUUUAUCACUGAUUCUUUGUGUAACAUACAAAGCCUGAAGAACAGGAAAGGUGGUUCCUACAAAACCACUUUGUAGAGAGUUCUCUGAAGGCUAUCUUGAGUGCUCUAGGUUUUGAUAUUAUGAAUUGUCAGAAUGGAGUUAGUGUGAUGAGCUCUGCUGCAGAGAAGCCACAAUGCCUCUUUCUCACCUCUGUGUAAUAUUAGAAUUCUAAAUAGCCUCUGUGUUUACUGCUAUGAAAAACACCCAAAUGACCUGUUUUGUGUCACUCGAGUGGAGUUGUAACAGUCAAGGUUGGUUUUGUAGUAGCAGAUGAAUCCUACAAAUGUUACCUUUCAGAAUCUAUUUUCUGUUAAAUAGAUGCAUCGAAUGUUACUGGUAAGUUUCAUUACCAUGUCUGAAUUCUACUCUCCACAAAUAUGAAUGUGUGCAGAAAUUUUGUUACUGCUUGGUUUUUAUUCUUCUCUACUGUGUCCUGGUUGAUGCCAAACAGUGGGGGAUAUACCCAAAAUUAUAAUUUACCUUUAAAUAAAGUUGUUUUGUUUUUCCAGAGA